AAUGGUGGCCGGAUCCCCAGCUAGGAUGGGCUUUCUCUGGGGCCUGGCCCUGCCCCUUUUCUUCUUCUGCUGGGUGGCUGUGGCUCCUAGGAGCUCCGCAGGCCCCAGCACCAGUGAACCAGGCCACACAGGAGUGCCUGCUGUGACUCCAGGGGUCAGGAUGAGCUCAGAGGGAGUCUUCCAGACCACUGAUCUCACUGAGACCUCUAUGUCAAACCAUAUCUCUUUGGAAACUCAAACCCUAAGCACCCAGACCUCUGAUACGACCUUCCUCCCAGGCAGCACCAUUUCAGUAGCAGAGAACAGGGAAAACAAGACCAUGGCCCUCAUAAAAAUAAUGCCUUCCAAGUCCUCGGCUGUGAUCACCACUCCUAUGGAGACAUCAGCCACAAGCGGCAGCCCCACGGGACGUGAAAUGACCACAGUUGAGACCGUCACAGGCACUGAGCUCUCGAAAGCCGCCUUUGACACCCUUUGCAAUUUCGACAGCUCUGAAGAGGCAAAGAGAAUCAUGGUAGACUUCUUGAAAUUAGCUCACACCUCUACAGAAGCCGAGGCCUUGUCCUCAGAGGGCAGCGCUUCCUCUGACAGCUCAGUUCCAGCCAUCACUGCCUCACAAGCCCUGUCAUCUGACAUCGCUGCUCUGGCUAAAGCCUUGGUUACCUACAACAUCAGCAACAUCGAGGUGAUCGACUGCAGUGUUACAGAAAGAGAAGCAACUACCAGCAUCCCUGGGACCUCAGACAUAGAUCGCAGCCCCACAGGAGGAAAGGCCCUGCCUACCCCCGAGACAUCCGCUUUGCCUGACUCCACUGAAGCAAAAUCACACCUUGCCAGGACCACAGCCUCUGCUGAGACCUUGUCAGCAGCCAGCGCCACAGAAUCAGCCACACCUGACAUCACACUCACCAUCAGUAGCACCACGGAAAUGGAAACAACAGCCGCCAAGGCCACGGCCCCCAGUGGAACCUUGGUGACAGUUAGCAUGAACCUGUUGGAAGAAAACUCAUCCCUCUCUGUUGAGACAACAAGCCACACCGAGGUCUCAGGAGCAGUUACAAUCUCCACAGGGACUGCGUCAACAGUAGGCGAGGUGACUUCCCCUGCUAGGUUCUCAGCUACGGUCUACAGCCUGUCUGAAGUGACUACCAUCAUGAGUUCCACCCGCUCAGAGACUUCUACCACUGACAUCACAUUCAGUGCGCCCGCUCCCAACAGCAGGAGCCCUCUUCCUUCUGUCCAUCCGGCUACAGCCAACAGCAGUCAAGAAACAAACAUCACCUUAGCCAAGACCACAGCCUCUGCAAACACCUUGAAGAUAGCCAGCACAGCUGGAGGGAAACCCUCAACAGCCACGUCCACCAGUGCUCAGACAAGUCUGACAGAUGUUACUGCAGGUGAGGAUGGAGGCUUCCUCCUCCUGAGGCUGAGCGUGGCCUCCCCAGAAGACCUCACUGCCCCCAGAGUGGCAGAGAGGUUGAUGCAGCAGGUAAAUACCGAGGAGUGCAAUCGCUGGAUCAUAUGCACGUGGGAUCUUAGUUCUUCGACCAGGGAUCGAACAUUUACCCCCUGCAGUGGAAGCACAGAGUCCUAACCACUGGACCACCAGAGAAUUCCCAUGUGCUUAAUUCUUCAUAAGUGAAUGCUGGGAUUAAAUGAAUGUGGUUCUAUAUGGAGACUUGAUUACACUUGGGGGCAUUUGAGGGGAAAACGACAGACUUGUACAUAUUGGGAGGCGCUUCACCUGCUGGGAGAAGUCGUUCUCUAUGUAAAGCAGACAGUUUGGAGUCUUUGCUCAGAUCAGAAAUCAUAUUUCUCUUGGAACUUCUCCCAACACCACUUACUCACCUACAAGUCUGAGCCUGAUCACCAGGUUUGUAUCAUGUGACCUCUUUUCCUACUCUGUGGUUACACUUGAUUGGACCAGGGAUGGACAACUGACACAAGCUGGACCAAUCAGAUUCUCUCUUCAUGGAUUUGGGAUAUAGGACCAAAAGGCAACUACCCAGCUUCUGCACAGGAUUGGAACUGAGGUGCUCUGGACACAGGAGGUGUGGACCAAUUGUCCUUGGAGUUGUUAUACCAGAUAUGUGUAAAGUUCUGCCUGCUAAGAGAGAAGGUUGAGGUGGAAACUGAUCAGGUUCCUGGGAAAAGCAGAGAGAGUGGGACUGAGGGAGUACGGGGUGGAGCAGCUCAAAAGACUCUAACUGGGGCCCAGGAAAGGACAGAGAAAAUGUAUCAGGGGUUGGGUACCCUAGAUCUAAGGAUGGGGUGGCUCCUGGAAAGGGAGCUGAAAUGAUUUAAUCCUUCCUCCAGGGAACACUCCAGAUAGGAAAAGGCACUGCAUACUUAUCCUCUUGAAACUGAUGGGCAGAGACCAGCAAGGCAGGGAAGGGUCCUGGGAGAGAGUUGGGGAUACUCCAUAUGGGGGUAUCCUUACCACUCUCCUCAGAGGGCCAGGCCUUGGCUUGUGUUGGGGGGAGGGGAAGAAGGGGAUGUGGAGACUGAAGCAAAGAUCCAAGUCUGGGCUGGAGUAACCGAGCUUCCCAACAUAGAGUAACUGAGGGCUGAAGCAGGACUGGGUCCAACCGACCUCUACUCCCUCCACCCUCUGUAUCAGGCCCUUUAGCCACCAGAGGAAAAUCAUGAAUGAAAUCCAUGGCUUUGGGAACACAAAAAGUCAGAGGGAUUUUAUUUAAAUAAACUUUAAUUAGAAGUAAACUGGA